CGAGCCGAGGCGAGCCGAGGCCGCCCGAAGCUGCCAGCCGAGCCGGGCCGAGCCGAGCCUGCCCGAAGCCGCCCGCCCCGCCGAGCCGAGGCCGCCCGAACAGGGGCCGAACCGGCACGAAGCGGCCUAGUCGAGCCCUGCCGCCGGCCAAGAGUCCGGAACCGAGGAGGGCCGAAGCGGCCCGAAGUGCGGAGCCGAGUCGGUCCGAACUGGCCCGAGGCGGCACGACGGCUUCCGAGCGGCUCUGCGCUACCCCCCCCCCCCCGCCCCACUCAGCGCCCAAGAGAGCGGCGCCACCCGUCGCCCCCCGCAACAGGGUCGCCGCUGCGGGGCCGAAUCUCGCCGAUCUCCAACGCAGCGCGGCCGGGCCCAGAGGCCCUCUCGCCGCAGGCUCCGCCCGCCCCCGCCGCGAGCGGGAGCCGAGUCCGUCCGAGGCGGAGCCGAACAGAGCCGAACGCCGCCGAGCCCGGGCACUCCCGAGCCUCGGCUCUCCGGCUCCUCUCGAACGAAAGUGCCCGAGCGCUGCCGGGCGGGUCGCACGGGCCUCGGCCGCGGGUCGAAUCGACUCCCGAAGCGCGGCGCGGGCGGGCCCCUUCGCGAGCAGAAGCGAAAAUGGCCGAAGGGACGCGAGCGUGCGGAGCCGAGAGACUGCCGGGAUCGCGGCGGACUGGGCGGGCGGGGCCGGGCGGGAAGAUGGCCGCCGCGCGGCGAGGGAGAGCUUCCUCCGCGGUGCUCUCGUCCAUCUCUCUGCAAGUGCUGUUCUGCCUGAGUGGGGCAUAUUACGCCCUGUAUUUCCUAGCUACACUCCUGAUGAUUACAUAUAAAAGUCAGGUUUUCAGUUAUCCUCACCCUUACCUGGUCCUCGACCUGACUCUGCUGCUUCUGAUGGGGAUUCUGGAAGUGACUCGGUUAUAUCUUGGCACCAAGGGCAACCUGACGGAGGCCGAGGUGCCGCUGGCCAUCAGCCUGGCCCUCACCGCGGGGGGCGCCCUGUUGUCCACCUACUUCCUGCUCUGGCAGACCCUGGUGCUGCGGGCAGACUCCAUCCUCAGUGCCACACUCCUGGCACUCCAUGGCCUGGAGGCCAUUCUACAGCUGGUGGCCAUUGCUGCCUUUGUCAGCUAGGCAGGCGGUGCCCGGCUUCCCCCCCCCCCCCCCCCCCCCCCCGCCCUGCCCAGGGUGGGACAGCUCUGGACAGAAGCCACCUCCUGGGAGUUCGGCCAUGUCUGGCUGGCUCCCUCUGGGGUGUGCCGACCUGCUUGAUCACUGAGGGGGGCAGGUGAGGACGGUGCAUGUUUCCUCGUGGUGCUGUGCACCUCUCACAUAAUUGCUGGCAUUCCGUGCUUUCCACACUGGUCCACCUGGAGCUACAGGGUGGCGUGGGGAGCCAGGGACCCACAGCUCAUGGCAGGCCAAGUCCUGCACAGCAGUCAGCUCUGCUUUGCAACAGAAAGAAAAAUGUGAAGGAGCCAGCAAGCUCUGGUGUUUGGGGGGUCUUUGCAGAGGUGGCCCCUUUCCCCUUGGGGCUCCUGUGGGGAGGUGGUCUGAAGCACUGAGGGGAGGGAGGCAGAGGAUGGGAGAGUGACGGAGAACAGCCUGCCACUGCCCCGGGCUGGGGCUUCAGGGCUCCGAUGUCCAGGCCUCCAUCAGGAAACCGUCCGGAACGUUUGCACUGUGUUAGACGUAGUCACAGAACGUAAGCGCUCCUGGAAGGACUCUGAGUUCAUGUUCUCUAGUAACUUGCCUUCAUUUGUCUGUAUCACACCCUGUCCACGUUUGGAAUAACAUGUUUGAAUAUCCAGGUAUUUUCUCUUUGCCAUAUUGUUGAAAUAAACGUUUAUACCUCCCUCAA